AUGGUACUAAAUGAUUGGCAAAGAGGCAAAUUGCCUUUUUAUGUUGCGCCGGAUGGAUUUGAAGUUCCAUUGUCUAAACAAACUGAAAAACAGGUGGACUUAGAAACAAAUGAUGAGCAGCAAAAUAAUAUUCAGGAAAUUGAAGGCUCUGAGAAUACUACUGAUAAUGCUAAAGAAAAAGAAGAUAAUUUGGAGAAGCCGAAGUUAAUUAUUAACAAACUGAUAGUAGCACAAGAUUUUGCAAAAAUAAGGGUGGGUCUGCCAUUUGACAAUGAGGAUGAUGUUAAACCACUUCAAAAAAUCACUAUUCCAGAAGAAUUGAAGGGUAUUGAUGAUAAUGAUGAUGAGGAAAAAUCGCAAGCUGAAGAAAAGGAUGAUCUAAAAGAAAAUGAAAGUGAUAGUGACUCUGAUAUCAGUAACUUUUAUAGUAAUGGUGAUGAAGCGUGUAGUGAUAUUGAAGAUUAUUUGACUAAUGAUCCAGAAACAGUAAAAGACUUGAAAAGACGAAAAUUGGAAGUUGCUAGUGGUGUAUUUACUGUUGAAGAAUUAUCUCAGAGAUCAACAGAACGUAAAGCUGGUGAAAUUCAAAAGAUUACUAAUAAAAUGACAGCAAAACAACGAAGAGCAGUAGAAAGAUCUCGGAAGCGAACAAAAACAGGAAGCAACUUUUAUGAAGUAUCAAAUGUUAAAAAUAGAAAUAGAAACAAGAAAAAUCUUUUG